AUGUCCUUUUCAUUUGGUUUCAAUUCAAAUGAUUUGAGUGACGACGAACUCGAAGGUGAGUCGCAAUUGAGUGCUACAAACUCUGCUAAAUACAGUAGCGUGAGCAAUAAUGGCAAUCCGUUAGAUGAGGAUCGUCUUAAAGCUGCAGAUGUGCUGCAACCCGAGCUAGUCGAUCUAAGUGAUCUUCUUACCAGUUUGAACAAUGUGAGAAUCUCUUUUGAGCAAUUCAAAACCCCAAAGAAGCAUGUUACUCUCUAUCGAAGAGAGCUCUUUGAUGUAAAGCAUCAACUUAUGAGUGAAGUAGGUGACAGCGAUGACCCCCUGCAAAAUGUUGAAUUAGAUAUCCUGUUGGGGGAAACAUCUGAAGAUUUGCGCAAAAAUGUUUAUGAAGGAGGCUUGAAAUCGUGGGAAUGCUCAAUCGAUGUAGUAGAGACAAUUUCUGAUGAAGCAGAUCUCGUUAAUGAUUUUGACUGUGUUUUGGAAUUGGGUUGCGGUACAUCACUUCCUUCAGAAUACAUUUUCCAGCGAUAUUUGCAACAGAGUGUUACUCAUGGACUCAGAUUAAUCUUGUCGGAUUACAAUAAAAGCGUUUUAAGACUUGUAACAAUUCCAAAUCUAAUAAUUACUUGGGCAAAAACAACCUUAUCAAAUGAACAAUGGAAUCUACUUCAACAAUCAGGGAACAGUUCUGAUGUAACUAUCCAAGAUGAUGAAUUGUUGUUGACUCCUACAUUGUUAGAUGCAUUUUAUCAAGAUAUUCAAUCGAGAAAUAUAUCCCUUGUGUUUAUCUCAGGUACUUGGGGACGUUUUUUCAACAAAAUUGCCGAAUCUCAGAUUGUCGUGAAUACUUCUUUGCUUUUAAUCACAUCAGAGACUAUUUAUCAGCCUGAAAACCUCCCCGUUGUGGCAGAAACGCUCAUAGAAAUGCUCUUAGCGAAUCUUCACAAGUCAAAGGCCCUAAUCGCUGCAAAAGAUAUAUAUUUUGGCGUUGGAGGUAGUAUAGUGGAACUUGAAAAGUAUUUGAAUAUCGCUAUUAAAAACAGAUCUAUCCCGUUGUCUCUAAAUACAUAUAAAAUUGACGCAGGUCUUAAAAGAUCUAUCGUUUCUUUAGAAUAA